AUGGCGCCAAAACAUGCGUCUACUCGAAAUUGGAGCUGUUCAACGUUGGCUGAUGGCGUUGACGCGCUUUUGGAGCAAGCGCAAGCCACUGAAGAUGAAGAGCAUCAGUUGGCUGAGCUUGUGAAGGACCUUACAAACAUAGUGUUGGACUUGGAAACACGGGGUCCUGGAGAGCAAGCUUUGCCGGCUCCCCCGGCCCCGGUGGUCGACACGCCUGUGGACGAGGCAUUGACCGUUCCAGCUACUGAGGAGGAACUUCAGCAAGCCCUUGGUGAUCAACAAGUUUCAGAGCCGGCCACGGUGCCGCAGACACAUGGAAAUGAUGAGGAAACGCCUGUGCCUUCGCAAAGUGGCGCUGUGUUGCCAGAACCCCGUGACAUUGGAGACCAGGGUUCCAAUGUGGAUGGGGCGGGUGGCCCUCCGACUCCAGUCCCUAGUGCAGUCCCGGCGACUCCACUUGCGUCAGUCCCUGCCACUCCAGUUGUAGAUGAUACUUUGGUGGUCCCGACCCCACCAGCCAGCCCCGAAGAUGAUGAUGCCUUGCCAUCGGGGUCUUUGAGCAAGCCAAAGAUGACCCGCCAGGCGCGCUUGACAGCUGCUGCUCUGCAACGUCUUCGCAGGAUGUGUGCCAUCAAAAAAAAGAGGAAAACUCUGGAAGUCCCAGAGUGGGUUCGAAAGGAGUACCAAAGUGGUUGCAAAAACACGCUUGCGAAGAUUUACAUGGAUGCCAACUGGUCUAAGGUAGUGGUUAAAAAGAAGAGCAGUUUCAAAAUCACCAUCGACGAAGAAUGGCUGUCCGAGAAAGAGAUGAAAGAUGAUUAUGGGUGGACCCCGGCUCGGAUUUCUGGAGCGAAGAAGAUCUGCGAGGCCAAGAAGGCGACCCAUGUCAGGCAUAACCAAUACGAUGGAGUCGAAGAGUUCUACGUCGUGGUCAAGGAGAAGGGACAACGUGAAGAAGAAGAAGCCCAGGAUUCCCAAGCGCCUGCUAUCGCAGCUGAUGCCUUCAAUGGCCUCCAGCAGGCUGCGAGUAGGCGUGAGGCUGACAAGAACUUUGCCCCCAAGUCGGAGGAACAGAAUGGCGGAACAAAAAACCAAUUUGCUGAGGCCAUGUUGACCAAGACUUCACUCCGGAAGUUCUUAGACAGUUUGCUUCAGAAAAGUGGCAAGAUUCGUGGCCUCAUCCGGGAGUUAAAGGAGAGUUACACGGGCAGCACCACCCUGCAAUCGCAUGUGCAGCUCUUGGAAACCCAGCUUGGAAAGAUGGAUCAGCACUAUGAUGAGUGCAAUUCGGCGAUGGCAACGGGAGAGGUCAACGGAUAUGAUGACAAGUGCAGUGCUGCGUGUGCCUUGGAGAUGAAGACCAGGAAUGCCAAGAAGUACGAAAAGAAGGAUGCUGGGGGUGUGAAGCCUGAGCCUAGCAAUCCCAGAAAACGACCGAAAGCGGAGGAGAGUAAUACUGGUGCCCAGCCUUCGGCCCGAAAACCUGAAAAGCCAAAGAAGCCCAAGAAGGUGUCGGACAUGCUCUGCAAGCCAUCGCUGGUGAUGUUGGCCAAGGAAUUGCUGGGACCCUAUGCAUGGAGAACCACUUUGGUUUCCGGGCAGAAAAUCGUCCCAAAUGAUGCUUCUGUCCUGGCCGUGGACGUGGAGAUGCCACCCACCAGUCGCGAUUUCGUUGGAGAGAAUGAGACAGACUUUCAAGCGAGGCUGCAACACCUUCAGUCCAAAGCUUUUGAUGUGCCCAUCUCUUUCUGUCUACCAAAGGCCAAUGCUGUUGCCGGGGCCGUGUUAGAACAUGCGAUCAAGGUGAUCGAACGGACUUUCUCGAAACAGGCCUCAUCGUGCCGAGCGGCUAUUCGUGGGGCCCGCGGAGUGGUAAGGGAUAUAGGUGUGAAGGCAGCUGCGAAGAGUAAGGGUUUGAAUGAGUUAGCCCGGUGCACUCCAAGUCACAGUGAACGUGAUUUCCAAACUCUUACCAGCAAGUUUCAGUUGAAGCUGCCUAUUGAACUGACUGCUCUUCCUAAGACUUUGGGCAUUCGCUACACAGGCGAUUUUAAUGCCCUUUCAUUGCGGAACUGGUUGAAGUUCCACAUCGACCACAACACUUGGCACAUUUUGACAGGCUUGGUGCGACCCAAUCCACAACGAGAAAAGGACAUUUUGUCUGAGUUUUGGCGUCGUUAUCGCCUUCUCCACCCAAAUCACCAGCUGUGGCAAAUUGUGGCAGACAACAACAUCGACCUAAGUCACACUGCUCCAUUGAUUUUCCACGGCGACGAGGGGAGGGGGAGGAAACGUGCAGCAUUCCUGGUUGCUGCCUAUCAUUCGUAUCUAGGUCUUGGAACCGAGAAAGCCAAUUCGUCUCGAAAGUCAAAGCCAUAUCUUGUGCAGAAGUUGAAUUACUCGGGGAACUCCCACACCCAUCGCAUGUUGACAGCGGUCCUCCCAAAAAUGCUCAAGGAUGAAGCUGCUUUUCAGGAGAUUCUCAAGUUUAUCACGAAGGAUGCCCUUGGAGUCCUGAAGGAUGGUGUGAUUUCCAGCACUGGUGUCAAAUAUCAUGCGGCAGUUUUGCAAGUGUCUGGUGACUGGGUCUUUCUCGCGAAAUGUGGCAGCCUUUCACGGUCUUUCUCCAACGUGGAGAAGAGGCCUCGAGCCGAGGGCUCGAAACCUAAAGGGAUUUGCCAUUGUUGCAAGGCAGGACAGUUGCAGUAUCCUUUCGAGGAUCUUCGAAAAGUUCCGAAGUGGAGAGCCACGCUUUUUGAUCCAGAAGAUACACCUUUUUUGUCGCGCCCGCUGAUUUUGAACCUGCCUCAUGACCCUGCUAGGGCUCCAGGGUUUUUCUGUUUCGACCUGUGGCACGCCUUCCAUCUUGGCGUCGGCAAAACGCUGACUGCAUCCAUUCUCGCAAUGAUUAGUAUUCAGCAGGACGGCUCCAACAUUGACGAGAGAUUUGCAUGUCUGACGAAACUUUAUUUGGACUUUUGCCAAGAGUCGCACGAGAGUCCAUUUAUCACGAGCAUUUCCAAAGAGACCCUGGGCUGGCCUGAUACAAAAACGUACCCAAAUGCUCAAUGGUCAAAAGGACAUAUUACAGUGCUCAUGAUGGGCUUCAUCGCUGAUUGGUUUGAAUGCAAUGGGGUGGCAGGUGAUCCCCUCUUUCCGGUGGCCAAGGAGGCCGUGGGCAGCAUCAACACGUUCAUGCAGCGACUGUAUUCUGCAGACCUGUGGCUUGAAGCAGCUGAUGGCAGAGAAAUUGCGCAGAUUGGUUUUGACUUCCUCUUGAAAUACAUGACCUUAGCAAAAGAAGCAUUUCAAACUGACAGAUCGCUUUUCGUCUUUAUGCCGAAAAUUCAUGUGGUUCAUCACGUGAUUGACACGUUGUGGGAGCAAUCAUGCUCAGCACCUUACGCCUUGAACCCUCUUGCACACGCAGUGCAAGUGAGCGAAGAUUACGUGGGUCGGAUCUCGAGAGUAAGCAGAAGAGUCUCACCACUCCAGGCAAUUACGCGAACGCUUCAAAGGUCUCUACAGGCGUCGCGGUGGCACUAUGUCCAGCAGGGAUAUUUACGAGGAUGA